AUGGGCUAUAAAAACUUUAUUAUCUUGAUCAUUUUAACGAGUUUUACAUACUGUGGAGUUAUAAACAGCAGAGUUAUACUAGUUGAUAAAAUAGGGAAUAAUUUUCUUUUUAGGACUAACACUCCUGUCUAAGGUGAUGAUUACCAAAUGAAAGAAUUAUUAGAAGCUAUGGCUGAAAAAAUAUCUCAAUCUGGGUACUAGCUUCCACAAGACCCUAUGAUCCACUCCUAUAGCUUAGUAUCGUUUGUGGACUCUAUUAAAUAAAACUACACAGAAGAUAAAUAUUUUAAAAACCAUACUGAAUACAAAUUUACUCACUAUCCUAUUUUCGGGUCUAUAGUAAAUCCUAAUUCCUUACCUAAUUUUUUAGCUAAAUUCUUUUCUAAAUAUUAUCCUAUAUGGAAUCAUGAUAAUAUGAAUAUUAUUACUUAAGAACUUAGAGAAAAUCUUUUAUAAUAAGGAGAAAGACCAAAAAUCAUAUUUUUCCAUUGUAUAGCUGGAGAAGAUCGUACUGGCUAAGUUUUUGGUGGUUAUGUAAUGAGAUACUUGAAUUGGUCUUACUAAAGAGCUCUUGAUUUUGAUAACCAGGUUGAAACAAGGAAAAUUAAUAAUGGUAGCAAGUAUGGCUUGAAUUGGUACUGCUACUAUUUAAAUAAUCAAGAAAAGGGUGGUGAUUGCACUUAUGAGCCAAAUUAUUGA